AAUUUUAUAAUAAUAAGAUAAAAUAAACAAAUAAAUUGGUUUCUUUACACUAUAACACCAUAAGUUCAUGAAUUCGUAUUUUUUUAUUCGGGUUGCUUAGUUCCUCCUAACUUACCUCCAAUCUUAAUUCUUUGGAAGCUUUAAACUUAAAAGUCUUGUUUGAUAUCUUUUUCUUCCCUUGCCACAUCUAUAUUUAUUAGAUUUUAAUGGUUGUGCAUAUCAAUUCCCAAGUACCUUAUUGUUCAUUUAUUUUUUUGUUUAUCUGAUUUGUUGCUAUUCCACCAAUCUGACCUUCCUAAGGAAACAAAUUUCAUUUAAUAUAUUAAGGAGACAUCAAGAGAUUGUCUUGCCCUUUGGUUUGCUUUAAUCAAACGCUCUACCACUUGGUCAAAAGCCUUAGCUUAGUUUCCUUCUGUGUGUCUCUAGGAGCAUCAUCCUUAUCUGUCUGAGGUUGCAUCAGCAAAGGUGUCUUCGAAGGUUCAACAAGAUUUCAUCAGAGAGCACUUAUUUUACUAUUUCUCAAGGUACAUACAGAAAGUUUGUUUGAGCUAAGUGAGUAAAAGGAGAACUAUGUCAUUGGUUAUAUCUGCAGAGUUGGCUGAUACAUCAUAUGGAAAUGCCAAGCUCUACACACUAAAGGGAACGGAUGUUACACCAGAUUUGUCCUCCCACAAUUUUGCACCAGAUAAGCACAGAAACAUGUAUAUGACAAAGUCACACUCCUGUGAGAGUUAUGCAAAGUACUUCCGGGAUUCACCAACAGAAGAACUGAUAGAACCGUCUAGUUCCAGCAUAUCAGGAAACUCAGUUCACCCUGAUGGUGCUUCUUCUUACCUGCUAAGAGCUAGUUCAGGAGCUUCUGUGAUUGUUAAUAACCCAUUUGACACUUCUAUCUGGUCUACAAGGCAUCGCGAUGCCUAUCAGUCCAAUUCUGGAUCAGAUUUCGUGGAAAACGGGAGUCCGGAUGGCCUUGACUUCGAUGGUGAAAUGAGAUUAAAACUUCAAGAAUUGGAGAGGGCUUUGCUUUCUGAUGAAGAAGAGGAGGAGGAAGGCAUGUUUGAGACUGUUCAAAGCAUGGAGAUUGAUCCAGACAUGGUCGAGUGGGCCAAUCCGCUUCAAGAUAUGUUGCUCCAUGACUCACCAAAGGAGUCCUCAUCCUCAGAUUCUUCCAAUCUUACCAGCAUCAGCAGCACAACCAAAGACACAUCACAAAACUCGCCCCAAACCCCUAAGCAACUGCUUUAUGAUUGUGCUAGAGUACUUUCAGAAGGAAAUGAAGAGGAAGCCACAUCUAUGAUAAACAAGCUCCGGCAAAUGGUCUCAAUUCAGGGUGAUCCUUCUCAAAGAAUUGCGGCUUACAUGGUGGAAGGACUUGCAGCUCGUGUCGCUACAUCCGGAAAAUGCAUCUAUCAAGCAUUGAGAUGCAAGGAACCUCCUUCUAACGAUCGCUUAGCAGCAAUGCAGAUACUAUUUGAGGUCUGCCCAUGUUUUAAAUUUGGAUACAUCGCUGCAAAUGGCGCGAUAGCUGAGGUUGUUAGAGAUGAAAAGAAGGUUCACAUAAUAGACUUUGACAUCAGCCAAGGAACUCAAUACAUAACUCUAAUACAAACACUUGCUUCAAUGCCAGGUAGGCCACCUCGUGUGAGAUUAACUGCGGUGGACGAUCCUGAGUCUGUGCAGCGUUCCAUCGGUGGCAUAAACAUCAUAGGACAAAGACUUGAAAAGCUGGCAGAGGAACUCAGAUUGCCAUUUGAGUUUCGAGCUGUGGCGUCAAGGACGUCAAUUGUCUCACCAUCAAUGCUCAACUGUCGUCCAGGGGAAGCACUUGUGGUGAACUUUGCAUUCCAGCUUCACCACAUGCGCGAUGAAACUGUAUCGACCGUGAACGAGAGAGACCAACUUCUUCGCAUGGUUAAGAGCUUGAAUCCAAAAAUUGUGACAGUUGUGGAGCAGGACAUGAACACCAACACCUCCCCUUUUCUCCCAAGAUUCAUUGAAACCUACAAUUACUACUCUGCUGUGUUUGACACACUUGAUGCAACUCUCCCAAGGGAGAGCCAGGACAGGAUGAAUGUCGAAAGGCAAUGCCUGGCAAAGGACAUUGUCAACAUUGUUGCAUGUGAGGGCGAGGAAAGAAUAGAACGGUAUGAAGUCGCCGGAAAAUGGAGGGCGAGGUUGUCGAUGGCUGGCUUCACUCCAUCUCCAAUGAGCACAAAUGUGAGAGAAGCAAUUAGGAAUCUCAUUAUUAAGCAAUACUGUGACAAGUUCAAGAUAAAGGAGGAAAUGGGGGGUCUUCAUUUUGGGUGGGAAGACAAAAACUUAAUUGUUGCUUCAGCAUGGAAGUGACCAAUACAAAUUCUUUUGUUGCAUGAGACUCAUUGUAGUGUUGAUGUAGUAUAGUAUUUGUUUGCUUGUUUAGUCUGUAUCUGUUAUGUUUACGCUUGGUUCAGACUCAGAUGUAUACUAACGUGCAACUUAUGCUAAUACAAACUUUCAUGUGUUUAACGUGGAUGAAAGUCAAUGGAGCAUCUGACAACAUCAGACAGCUAUCAUUGCUUAGGCUUGUAAUGACAUCAUUUCUUGUUCGCAUAAUUUUGCGUUUCACUUUUGCUUCUUGUUCA